AUGGUAUUAGCAACGCUAGAAAACGCAGUGUUGCCGAAGUAUGAAGCACAAAUGAUAAUGUAUGUUAGAUGUGUAGACGACGUACUUAUUUUCUGGAACACUAAACCCAACGUACAGAGCUUUAUAAAGGAUAUAAAUGACAAUAGAUUUGGCCUUGAGAUAGAGUUAGAGCAAGAAAAUGAUAAGACCAUACAUUUCUUAGAUCUGCAUAUACAAAUUAACAACGUACGAGAUUUCACGACUAAAGUGUACAGAAAGCCAUCCUAUAACCCUAUAUUUAUUCCAUGGAUCUCUCACGAUCCUCCAGCAUAUAAAAUAGCAGCGUUCAGAGCGUUGGUCGCAAGAGCUUAUUCGCACUGUAACAAUACAAAAGAUAGAAAGGAUGAACUGAAUUAUAUAUAUAACUUAGCCAGAAAGUAUAGGAUUAAUGUUAAAGCUAUUAUCAACAAGAGUAAAACACACCUUAAGAAGAGAAAUUUACUUCAUAAUGAAGGAGUUUUAACAAUGGAAUAUAAUGCUUCGCUGAAUAAUAUUUUUCGAUGCAUUGGAAAGGCCCAGAACAAAAGAGUCCUAUAUAAAAGAACCCUCACCACGUACCAACUAUUACGAUCUGAUAAGGAUUUAGUGGACAGAAGAACACUCUCCGGGGUAUAUAAAAUUCCAGUUAUGGACUCAAGGCGACGUAGUAAAUUAAUGUAUGUAGGGGCAACAGGAAGAUGUAUCAAAGACAGGUUAGCAGAACAUCAAGCAAAUAUAAGAAAAAAACAACCGUGCACUGUGCUAGCUACCUACGUUCUAGCGGACCAGCAAGAUGUCAAGGUUGAAUGGGACCAAACAAGACUAAUGCAGAUAGUCCACGACAGGAAACACCGGCAUUACGCGGAAGCCUGGCAGAUUUGUAAGGCAAAGCGUAAAGGCCUUGCAGUCAACUUUCGAGAAUCGACAGAAAUAUCGGCAGCAUNGGAUUCACAUUAA